AUGGCCCACCCAAGCUCCUCCUCCGACACACUCAUCUCCCCUCCGUCCCCAAUUCACCCCUCUACCUCUAAGAAACCAUCCCCCCUAAUGGAAUCGGACCUCGAACUCUCUCCCCUCGACAUAAACCUCAGAUCCAACAACGCCCCAAUCCCAAAACUCCUCCGCGAAGCAAGCGACAUAACCUGGCAAGAAGCACUAGAAACAACCAAAGACCAAGUCCCCCUCAUCCGACGACGAGGAGGACGAUUCAAACUCCUCCACCAACAACAAUUUAAAAACUCCCUCCUCGCGAGCGUUGGAUACCUCGAGCUCGCAAAUGCAGGAGACUUCGCCGCAAACGUAUGGAAUGAUAUUCCUGUUCCGAGAUUUGCAGCAGUCCUAAUGGGAAUAGGAGGUACAUUAGCACUUGCAAUGGUUUUUGUUGCAAUUCAAGACUUCAAACUAAGUUAUCGGAAUGUGAAACUCCUCAAAGAAGAACGGGGACACCUCCAACGAUUAAAGCAGUAUCACUGUCGGAAUGUGGAGAUGACAAGAGUCCUGGAUAGUAGACUCGGCGUUGGACUACGGGAGAUAGGAACCGAAGUCGUCGACCGGAUAGUUAUGGAUCUACUCAUGGGCGCUGGGUCCGUCCUCGUCGGAGUAGGAACAUUAAUGGCGAUUGGAGGUGCAAAUCGCCAUGUGUACAAGGCCUCAAAUCUUCUAUCAGGAUAUAUUGGAAAUGCACUUGCAGCUAUAUUUGGACUCGUCAAUGCUAUUUGGUCCGGAUAUCUCAUUCGACGAUUCUACCUUCACGAUCGAGCCGUGGUAUCCGUUGAACCAAGCGAUGAUAUUCGUCGCAGACUACGGGUCCGAUUCCGUCGCUUCCAAUGGCACGCUAUCGUCAAUGGAGUGAAUGGCCUAGUAGCCGGUGCUGCAUCAAUGGUUACAGCUACACAUUGGGAGGGGUAUGUCGUGCUAAUACCAUGUAUUAUCUCACUGAUCAUGUGCAACUAUUUCUGGCGAAAGAAGCUAGGAUACGAUCGGCCUAUUCUAGACCAUAUCAGUCUUGCAAAGUUACAAUUAACUCCAUUGACAGAGGAUCUGGAGUACGCUAUUGCCAUGCAGAAGGCAUUAUCGGAACCAGAUCAUGCCAUUCCACAACCGCUCAUCGAUAAAUGUUCAUUAGAAUCAAUGCUCCAGUUCAUUGUCCGGAACCGUAUGCUGGAAACAUACGUUGAUUCACUGGCACAUGAUAAAUUGACUUCUACUCUUCUGUCAGAAAUCCCACCUACACAGUCUGCAACACUACAUCAUCCAGAAUACAUCAUUACAUAUGAUGUUCUUCUGCGAUUAUCUGCUUCAAAGGAAAAUCAUGCGCGGCUUCUUCUAGAUCAUGCAGGGAGGUUUCUGCGCACGGAUGGCGUGAGACUUUUCACUUAUCGGGAGAGGCAUUUACUUGAGUUAUCGGGGUAUGCUGUUUGGCAGGAUCAGAUGGCUGAGAGUAUCACUGCGAGUACUACAUCUGCUUCUACGAGCACGAGUAGUACGAAAAUGACUAAGGAUUUGUCGAAGACAGAAGACAAGAGUGUAUGUAAUUAG